AGACAACGUCGUCUAGAAGAAGCUUUGCUGUACUCGGGCCAGUUCAAGGACGCGAUGUCAGCGCUGCUGGACUGGCUUAAGAAGAGGGAGAAACUGCUGGCAGGAGACGCGCCAGUGCACGGAGACCUUGAUACUGUCAUGGCACUCAUUGAACAGCAUAAGCAAUUUGAAGAAGAUUUACAUUCACGAGAACAACAGAUGCAAUCUGUCAUGAAGACAGGCAAAGAUUUAGAGGCCACGGUGCCGGCAGAAGACGCCGCGAAUAUAAAACAACAAUGCGGAGAAUUGAAACAAGCUUGGGAAGCGGUGCAGAGUUUGAGCGAGAAGAAAGCGCAGAAGUUGGAAAUUGCACUUAAAGAG